AUGGCAAGCUCCUCUAGUUUUGUUAACCUCUUAGCGAGCCAAGGGUCAGUUGACCUUGACUCAUUAGAAACUCCUUUGUUUAGUAGCCAAUGUCCUGAAGAGUCUAGUGUCAAAAAGAGGAAAAAGUGGUCUGUCAAGGAGACUAUAAUCCUCAUUGGUGCUUGGCUCAACACCAACAAAGAUUCAAUAGUGAGUAAUGAACAAAAAGGUGGUGCCUUCUGGAAGAGGAUUGUAAAGUACUACAACUCCAGUCCUCUCCUGGUUGGGACAGUGCCAAGAGAACUAGGGCAAUGCAAGCAAAGAUGGGCUAGGAUCAAUGAUUUGGUCUGUAAGUUUGCUGGCUGCUAUGACAUGGCACUGAGGAAGCAGAGAAGUGGGCAAAAUGACAACGAUGUGAUGAAGGCUGCCUUGGAUAUCUUCUACAGUGACCAGAACAUGAAGUUCAACUUGGAACAUGCGUGGAGGGAGCUUAGGCAUGAUGUGAAAUGGUGCUCCACCUAUCUGGAGAAGGACAAGGAUAAGUGCCAGAGCCAGAAGAGAGACCAAUAG